AUGCCUACUAUCCCGGAUAGAGCGCAGACGGAAGAUUCGACGAGUUUCAGCCCGGAUGCAUACUUUGACGCUUGGGAGAAGGGCGAAAUCACAGCACCAUACGACAAUGACUUCCGCAAGUUCAUCCUGACCACCUUCGGUCUACCUCAGGACGAUACGUACACGUACGCCGCCGUCGCCGAAGUUACUCUGCUCCAAGCUCAGACAUAUGUCGAGUUUGGCGGCCAGGGCGGAUUACACGCCUGGUACAGAGACGACCAAGGCAAGCCACUACCACCACCGCCUGCCGUUGAUAUCGCUGCAUACACCAGCAUCUUCAAAAGUACAACAAACACCCAAAAAGCCCUAGUCGGCCUGGCUUCAAAUGCAAAGAAGGAAUCAAUUCGUGCCUCUGUUGGCCAACAUCUUCAAAGUCUAUAUCAACCUCCUUCGCCCGAUCGCAAAAUCGUCAUAUCUAAGCUGAAGAAGGAACACACAAACCCUUACCUUGAUGUCUGGGCAUGGUCAUGUCAGAACCUCGAAUGGGCUGGUCCCGAGGCUGCCACGAGCAAGGUCCGCUUCUCGCAUGCCAUUUUGCCAAUCCUAUAUCACCACUUUGGUUGCGUCUGUCCCUCUUACGAGUCGCUGUCCAUCAUCUAUCAGCUGGCCAAGGGUCGAACCGUCAUUGAUUUAGGAAGCGGAAAUGGUUACUGGUCAUACAUGCUGAGAGUCUUCAACAAGCAGAAGCCUUUGACUGUUGUUCCCGUCGAUAAUGGCAUUAGUGAGUGGAGGACUGUAUGGGUGCCUGACACCAAUCAGAUCGAUGGUGUCGAAUACCUCAAGAAGAACAAUGACGGCAAGGACCAGGUCUUGUUGCUGGUCUACCCUCAAGUUGGUCUCGAGUUCACAUCCAAGAUUCUCCGAGCAUACAAGGGUGAUACCAUCAUCUGCGCAGGUACCCAAAACUCAAACGGCUACACAGCCUUUGCCAAAGAGACCAUCGCAGAUUGGAUCGCUAGAGAAAUGCCCGUGUUCGACAAAGUUUGCCAGAUUCCCCUACCCAGCUUCGCUGCCAAGGAUGAGGCUCUCUUUGCGUUUCAGAGGAAAGCCGCAUAA